CAGCCAGCGACUCUCCCCGCCCGCAGUUGGACGCGCACACACAGCUGUUGCUGCGAAGAUGGCGAGCCGCCGCUCCGUCGUCCUCUGGCUGCUCUGCUCUCACUUGGGGUCUUUCUGCUACUAUAAAGCAUAUGGAAUCACCGUUAAGACAGACAACAGUCAUGUUAAAGCAAGAGAAUUUGAGGAGGCAUUUUUAAGCUGUAAAUACAGUACGAAGAAAGAAAGUGAUGCAAGGAUAGAAUGGAAAAAGAUUACAGGAGCGGGGGUUUCAUUCAUCUACUUCCGGCGUUCUUUUGAAGGCAGUUUUAAAGAUCGUGCUGAAUUAAUACAUGCAAGCAUUCAGAUUAAGAAUGUGACUAGAAAGGAUUCUGGGAAAUACCGUUGUGAAAUUAGUGCACCUACAGAAAAUGGACAAGAAGCAGGAGAAGUUGAAAUAUCACUUCUAGUGCAAGUCCCAUCAGCUGCUCCCGUUUGUGAAGUGCCCAUCUCAGCUAUGACUGGGACAGUAGUGGAACUACGAUGCAAAGAAAAUGAAGGUGUUCCUGCUCCAAAGUACAAAUGGUACAGGAACGGCAUUCCUCUGCUGGAGAGCCGAGAGUUGGGGAAGAUUAAAAAAGGAAGAGUUCCUUAUAUUAUGAAUAGUACCUCUGGAACACUUCUCUUCAAGUCUGUUUCUAAAAACGACUCUGGAGAAUAUUACUGUGAAGCUGACAAUAAAAUUGGACGACCUCAGAAAUGUCCUGUGAAGCGAAUGCAAGUUGAUGACCUUAAUAUAAGUGCCAUCAUAGCUGCAGUGGUCAUUGUGGCUUUGAUCAUUGCUUCCUGUGGUCUUGGAGUAUAUUAUGCACAAAAGAAGGGUUACUUUUCCAAAAGAAAUUCUUCAGUCAGGAAGAAGAGUUCAAAGUACAAACCUACAGAAAGUAAAAAAGAUUUCAAGCACACCAAGUCCUUUGUUAUUUAAAAGAAAUUCCAUCUCAGAGAAUCACCAAAUGACCAUUUUCUAUGCAGAGCAUCAAAGAUAUUUGAAAUCUGUUCUGUAAAUAUUAAUGCAGGAAGUCAAUGGGAAAAAUAAGAUAUUACUGAUAAAAGCUGACACAAAAUUGGCAAAAGUUGUUUUAACUUAGUUGGCAUUGCUUUUUCUUAAUAGAACUAUGUUAACAGGUACACACAAAUGUGUUUUCUUGCUGGGUAAUAUGCCAACAGGCAAUAUUAUCAUAGAAGAGUUUUGGUUGCCACAUGUCAAAAAGGAUGCCAUGUAGUUAGAAAAGGUGCAGAAAGAGACAUUUAAAUGAUAGGGGCCUGGAACAUUUCCCAUAUAAGAAAGGACCAUAGUACAUGGGGAUUCUUACAUUAGAAAAAAAGUGACAGAAGUCAUGAUGAAACUCCACAGCGUUAUGCACGCUUUCCAGAUAGUGGAAAGAUGUUGUUUUGUCACACUAUAAACCAUGAUCUUACAAUUAAGCUGAUUUAUAGGAGAUUCAGGAUAGACAAAAGGAAGUAGGUAACAGCUAUCAGAUCUGCAAGACUUAAAGGGAAUCUGACAAAUUUUUUGAAGACAAGACUAUCAGUAGCUAAUAGUCAUGAUAGUUAUAUACCACAGCAAAGUUUAGAGACAGUACACCUCUUAAUACCAGUUGCAGAGAAAAAAAGCAAGAAAGGACUGAUACUCUCAUUUCCAUCAUGGGUUCCCCAGUGGUAUCUGAUUGGUAACUUAGGAAACAUGUGUACCAGAUUACAUAGCCUUUUUCUCAGAUCAAGCAGAGUUCUAGUGGUUUUAAUAAACCACCCGCCGGAAAUAAACGUGUGGUAGGGACAGCCCUAACCUGCUGAUAGGGUCAUUAUUAUAUAGUCCCAGGGAGACUGCCCUAGAUGAAAGAAGAAAACAACUCUAAGUAGUCCUUAUUUGUGAAGAUUCUGCCAUGCAGUCAGUUGUCUGCAGGUCGAAGUGAGCCUGUAAAUGUUUGCAAGCUAUCUUGAAGGACUAAGUGCUGGAAAAGUAGGGUGUAAAUCUGUUGAAUAAUGAGUUCCAUGGAUUAGGGGCUUUUCACUCAUGAUUACUGUUGGGUAUUAUAGACUUUCUUAACAUUGUUUAAUGGAUUUUUUGCCUUUAUUUAAGUGCCUCAAUAUAUUCAAACUGUAAUGUCAAUUGCAAAAUGAAAUAUGCAAUUUAAGUUUGUUGAAAUGUAGCACACCCUUCCACUGUACAUUUAAAAAAAUGCCACUGUCUCUAAUUAUUUGAGAACUCUUUGUAUAUUUUGCUUCAGAGGAAAUGUUUUUUAGCAUCCAGUACUAGUAAACUGAGUCUUAAAAUAAAACACUUAGAAGAUAAUA